GCAUGAAUGCGGAUAGGGUGGAUCAAAUGUGGAGAUGGGAUUGGGAUUUUCCAUGUAAAGAACAGGGAGAUAUUGCUAUGGGAUUUUGAUAUUAGAGUUCAGUGUUGUGGAGGUCAACCGUCAUAGGGGGUUUGCUAUUUUCACAUCACGUCGUCUCCUCUUCAGCUUUUGUUUUCAGCUGCGCAUUCUUACAUCCACUCCUUUCCCUCAAAUCCUUAAUCUUGGAGGCUGAGAAGUCUUCAGUCGAGUUUCCUCUCGUUGACGCCUCGUCCAGCGUAAUAAUUGAGGAUACUCGUCUCGUUCUGUCGUUCCUGUCAAACCGCCAUACCAUAAUCUAGCACGUGGAUCCAACGACAAAAAUGUUCUUUUUCCGCACUAUCCUCUUGGUAGUGGCCAGCUUCCUCUUCCUCGGCUCAGCACAACAAGAUGCGUCCUCGACAGCAGCCAUAACACCACCACCAUCCACGCCAACUCCUCCACCUGCAUCAUCCGAAACCCCAGUACCAAAUGCAUCGGGAUCACAAUCCAGCCGCUCCUCGUCUCGCACUGUCACUUCAGCAACUUCCGUCACAACACGUCCUUCACAGACCGGCUCCACAGCCCCAGAUGUGCAUCUCAACGUCCCAAAUCUCAGCGUUGGGAAAAUUGAGCUUAUGGUGGAGAAUCUAGCUGCAGACAUCAAUCUCAAUGCGCAAGUAGCGAACCUCGUGACGAUCAACGCCGGUGUUGCUGUCAGCGUGCAGAAAAUCAAUGUCACGAUUUCAGACGUGGAGGUUAAGCUUGAGCUCAUCGUGAGACUGGGCCACUUAGUGGAUAUCGUGGACCGGGUGUUCAAGAGUUUGGAUUUGAAUCCGUUAUUGAUUGAUGUCUUGAGAGACGUGACGAGCAUUGUCACAGGCGUAAUCGGUGCUGUCGAUGGCCUCCUAGGCUCCAUCACCGGCCCCGGCGGACUCGUCAACUUCGUAAUCGACAACCUAGGCAACAUCGUACAAUCCACUGUGGGCACGGCAGGCAACACAAUUGACCAAAUCGUCGGCAACUACAAGACCAAUAUGACGGAAACUGGCGUCAUUCAACAACUCGGCAACGGACAGGUCAAAAAGCAAUUUCUGUUCCCCGCUCUAGGCACAUUGGUCGAUAUUGUGUUUAACGCUGCUGGACAAAUUUUGCAGGCUACAGCUGUUAAGCCUUCGAGUACAGGUGGUGCGGGGGUGAGUUCGACGGCGGCUCCGGCGUCGAGCAGUACGCCUAUGCCGGUUGUCGUUACUACGCCGGCAGCUAGUGCCACUCCUGCUGCGCCAAGUAGCACAGGAUAACGAGUGGUAUUGGAGAUGUAUAUAAUCUGUUCGUAUAAUAAAUCUUCUGAUGCAAGAACCCGCCUUGGAGCCAUGCCCGUGUUUUUCGUCCCCCACCAAUGUGAAAAAAUCAGUCACUCGAGAUUUAUUUAGGCUGGAAAAGUCUCUCAUGAGUCUUCCUGAUUUCUUGGACUCUUAUGCUAAUCGUUUCGGCCCUUGACAAAAC